GAAGGAAUUCUUCCUGGACAUGUGCCUCUGUCACUCAUGUACAUGCGGCCCGACAACUACGCCACAGACACAGUUGUGCUUCCACUGUGUGUCCUCUGUGUUCCUAGCACAAGGCCGACACACUGCUCUUUCAGCCUUGUGAGCGCGGCCCACCUCUCCCUGUCCGCAGCCUGGAGCAAAGACCUGAACGACACCUCUGAAUCCACUUCACUGGCUUUUUUUCUCCGGUUUUCUCGUCUUUUAAGUGUUUAACCAUCAACUCUUUCAGUUUCUGCUGGGAGGACAGAGCAAAGACUGUAGAGACGUUCAUCCGGUGUGGAUUUGCAACUUAAAAGAGCUGUGCUCGUCCUCCAACAUGGCACCUGUGAAAGGCUGGAUGGUGGGGCUCCUGCUGGUGCUCUUGUGCCCGUCUCAGGUGCCACUCUCCCGCUUAGUGAGUGCACAGAACGCGGUUGAAGCAAGUGAAAACUUCCAUGACAGAAAUGCGGACGAGGUCGUGGCUGAAGAGGGUGAAACUGCCGAGGGCGGCGAAGGCGGUGAGGAGGACGAACGCGUAGCAGAGUCAGAUGAUGAGGGAGAGCGGGAGGCUGAGGAGGAAGGAGACGAGGAGGCUGAUGAGGAAGAAGAGGACGAGGAUGCUGCAGAGGGAGAGGAGACCGCUGAGGAAGAAGAAGAUGAGGAUGCUGAAGAGGGAGAGGAAGAGGAGACUGCGGAUGAGGAAGAGGAUGAGGAUGCUGCUGACGAAGAUGAGGAUGAGGACACCGCAGAGGAAGAGGAGGAGGAGGAGGUAGAGGAGGAGGAAGCUGAAGGGGAAGAGGAGAGUGAAGAGGAUGAGGGUGCUGAUGAGGAUGAUGAUGAAGAUGAUGAUGACACUGAAGAAGAUGGAGAGGCUGACGAGGAUGCAGCUGAGGAAGAUGAGGAGGAAGAGGAGUCAGAAUCAAGUGAUGAGGAUGAUGAAGAAACUGAAGGAGAGGAUGCAGCUGAGGAAGAGGAAGAAGAAGAUUCUACUACUAAGGAUGAGGAAGAGCACGACGAGGCUGAAAUCCAGGCUGACACAAACGAAGAGGAGUCGGCCGGGGACGCACAGCAGUUCCACUCUGGCUCUCUGUGUAGUGUUUGCUCCAUCUGUGAGCAUUGCUCUCAUAACUGUGCGCUGUGCCCUUGUGAGGAUGGAGCGGAGUCAGAUCAUUGUGAGCACUGCCAAGGCUGCUCAUCCUGUUACAUUUGUCCCAUACUAUGUGAUACAAUUUGCACACCAGGUGGCAUUGUUGAUGAGUUGACCGGGUCCCUCUACCAGACCGUUGCCUCUCUACUCUGAGCACCCUGUAGCCUGCCACCGAGGGUUGCACGGGAUACUGCUCUCAAGGUGCUUCUCAUACUUUACCGACAAAACUGAGGACUGAACAUCCAACAGGAAUUUGACUGAGCUGUACGAACAGAAAAAAAAAAAAAAAAACAUAUUUACACUACCAGUCAAAAGUUUGGACACACCUUCUUAUUCAAUUCAGUGAGAAAGCGAGUGCAAACUUUUGACUGGUUUUACCGGUAGACUGACAGUAGAAUUUUUUUCAUUAUGUAAUAUAUUCUCUUUCUUUCUUUCUUUCUUUCUUUCUUUCUUUCUUUCUUUCUUUCUUUCUUUCUUUCUUCUUCUUCUUCUUUUUUUUUUUUUAGAAAUUUUACUGUAAAACGGCUUCGGUAAGCCAGAAAAAUGUUUAUAGCGACGUCUUGUUGUUUAGGUUCUGUUUGCCUUCUCUUAGUGCAGUUUCAGUUUCACGGACGUUCAGAAUGUUUUCAGAAUUCAUUGUAUACAGUGUUGCUGAUUGUCAUCGCUUAAUAAAUUCCACAGGCUCCGUAAAAGUGUAUGAAAUCUGUGAUGUGUACAUCACAAAAACACGACUAUGUCCAUCAAAAAUGUAAAGCAGCCUUUUAUCCAUGCCCCUUUGGUCCAUAUAAACUUUUUAUUACACAUCGUU